UAUAAAUUAAUAUAUUUAUGGAUUAAAAGCAAGAUCAUACAAAUACAAUUCUGGCUCAAUUGGAGUCAACAGAAUCAUUAAACUCUAUGGAUGUAGCUAAAUCUUUGGCUAUAAACCAUUAAGAUUUAGUGGGAUAUUUGUUACAAUUAGAAUCUGCUAAUUAUAUUAAGACAGAAGUAUAUAUGAUUUUGAUUAUUUUAGGGGUUAAAAUAGGAUUAAUUAAUAUUGACAGAAGAAGGAAAUACAAUAUUAAAUUCUUAAUCUGGAGAAUAUGAAAUCUAUCAGAAGAUACCUGAUUAAGGAAUUUCAAUGGCUGAUUUAUAGAAAUUAUUUGGAAUAGAAUAGGUGGCUAAGGUGAAAUAAGAAUAGGGAGAGAAAAAAGAAAAAUAAGCAGAAGAUCCAAAAAAGAAAUAAUUUGAUUUAGGAUUUGGUAAUGCUAAGAAAAUGGGGUAUAUUAAAAUGGAUAAGGGUGUAAUAAGUAAGGUUGGAAAUGAUUUACCUGAUAAGAUAAAACUAGAAUUAUAAUAAUUUAAUAAUAUUAAAUUAGGUUCAGCAUAAGUUAAAUUGUUAAUUGAAAGAAAAUUAGCUAUGAUUUCAACAAUCAAAUAUUUUGAUAUUAAAAAAGGUAUUAGAUAUUCUUCAAAAUUCAGAGAAUAAUUUGCAGCUUUAACAACAGAGUAAUUAUUAAGUGGAGAAUGGAAGGAUUGUGAUUACAAAAGUAUAAAUUUAAAAGCUGAAGGAGAAAAAAGUAAUAAUCUAAAAUAAUAUAAUAGUUUCUAUGGGUAAUUUACAUCCUCUUUUAAAAGUAAGGAAAUAAUUUUCAUAAAUAUUAAUUGGAUUAGGAUUUGAAGAAAUGCCAACAAAUCAAUUUGUUGAAUCAUCUUUUUGGAAUUUCGAUGCACUCUUUUAACCUCAAAAACAUCCAGCAAGAGAUGCUCAUGAUACAUUCUUUUGUAGUGAUCCAGAAUAUAGUGAAGAAGUAGAUACAUAACUUAGAGAUAAAGUGAAAACUAUGCAUUAAUCAGGAGGUGUAGGUAGUAUCGGAUAUUAAUAUGAAUGGUCACAUGAAGAAGCCAGAAAAAAUAUAUUAAGAACUCAUACAACUGCUGUGUCCUCUAAAAUGUUAUACAGAAUUGCAUAAUAAUAUAAAGAAAAAGGUUAUUUUCCUAAGAAAUAUUUCAGUAUUGAUAAAGUGUUUAGAAAUGAAACUCUAGAUGCAACUCAUUUAGCUGAAUUCCAUUAAAUUGAGGGUGUUGUUAUUGAUAAAAAUGCUUCAUUAGGUUAAUUGAUGGGAAUCAUUAGAGAAUUCUUUAGAUAAAUUGGAAUUAAUAAAUUGUGGUUUAAACCUACAUAUAAUCCAUAUACUGAACCUAGUAUGGAGAUAUAUGGUAAUAAGUAUCUUUUAUUUUAGGAUAUCAUCCUAUACUCAAAAAAAAAGUUGAAAUUGGUAAUUCUGGAGUUUUUAGACCUGAAAUGUUGGCACCCCUUGGUAUUCCAGAAGAUGUUAAUGUUAUUGCUUGGGGAUUAGGAUUGGAAAGACCUACUAUGAUUUAUUAUGAUAUUAGAGAUAUAAGAACUAUGGUAGGACCAGAAGUUAAAGUUGAAACUGUUAGGUCUAAUGCAUUUUGUGUUUUUGAAAGUAAAUGAUUUAUUUUAAUAUAAAAC